AUGACGACUACAAUAUCAUCUCUUCCUGGUGAAGAGCCAGUCCCUAUCCCACUAACCUCUACAUCGCAUCCAAACGAUCCUGUCCCCGAAGAGCCUACAUCAAUACCGCAUCUGACCCUCCUACGACGCUCAGCAACGGGUACAUCGGACUCGCAGUCAGCAGCAACCUCGGUAGCCGGCGCAUCAGAAGUGUCUAUAGAUUCAGACGUCCCGUUAACACCAAUAACAGAACCGUCCAGCGACACGGCGUUGGAAGAUACAUAUGCUGAAGGCAAAGAGUCAGAUGGAAUAACCCAGCGCCGAAGGCGAGCAUCCACAGUAUUGAUAUCUCAGAAUUCAGAAGAUGUCCAAAGAAUAUUGGGAGAUAUCCGCGGCGGAACCAACCUGUUAGGGAAGAUAUGUUGCGGAGGAGGAUGCUGCAAGCUUGAGCCUCUCAAGAAUGCUCUACCAUCCAUCACUUCGAAUCCAGUUGUCCGGCCACAGAACGCUGCAUUCGAGAGCCUGAGGCUAUACGUUGGCGAGCUUUCCCUUGACAGCAAGCUUACCAAGAUAGCCCCUCUCCCAGAGAAUACUGUAUCCUUCUCUUCUCCUUCAAUUGAUUCUGUAGGAAAGAAACUAGGACCAGCAGAUCAUCCUCCUCAAUUCCUCCAACCACACGCACCCUACGAAGUGUAUCGUGCUCCCCUUUACCAUGCACGAGAGUUGACGAAACCCGGUGCUGAGAAACGAACUUACCAUUUCGAUAUCGAUGUUACAGACUAUCCAGUUGAGGGUGGAAAUGUCGACUUUGUCGUUGGAGGCGCCAUUGGUGUUUGCCCCAGUAACUCUGAGGCUGUCGUUGAAGCCAUCUUCAACCGUCUCGGGGUUCCUAAGUUCAUACGGGAUAAAAAGAUCACACUUCACACCACCAAGGGCCGGUGGCCCACGAUUUGGGGAGACGAAAAGCCUAGAGAUCUCCUAACUACCAGACGUGAACUUCUUAGCUGGUGUUCAGACCUACAGAGCUAUCCUCCUACAAAGCCGCUCCUUCGAUUGCUCGCAGAGUAUGCAUCAGAUGAGAACGAGAAGAAAAUUCUCAUGUACCUAUGCUCUGCUCAGGGCCAGGCUGCUUUCUGUGACCUCCGUACUGGUCCUUAUAUCACUGUCUUGCAGCUUCUCGAUGCAUUCCCUUCCUCUCACCCACCUUUGGACCAUCUCCUCUCCACCUUGAACACGCUUAUGCCUCGUUUCUACUCGCUCUCCCAGGACCCUAUGAUUCAACGCACCAUUGAUGGCAAAGAACCCCGACGAGUUAUUGAGAUUGCUGUGACUGUUCACGAAUGUCUAGACUGGAAUGGAGGGUACCGCACAGGAGUUGGAUCGGGUUUCUUAGAACGCCUAGCUCGAAAGAUUCAGUCAGCUGAAAAUGAUGGUAUCGAUCCAGCUAGCUUGAACUUGCACGUCCCCAUGUUCCGUGGGCUCAUGUCCAAUCCACUUGCUAGACGAUUUGUCUCUGACGGACCUAUGCUCCUCAUUGGAGCUGGUGUCGGUGUUGCUCCCUUCCGCGGCUUCGUCCAGAGCCGUCUUAGAUCAGCUAACUGUGCCAACAAGGUCUGGGUGCUCCAGGGAGUCCGUGACUCUUUGCUUGACGAACUUUACUCCGGAGAAUGGGGAGUUCACGAAGAUGAAGUUAAGAAGGUCGUCGAGAGCAGACGAGGUGAAGGCAGAUACGUGCAGGAGGAAGUACGCCAUCAAGCAGACCUGGUCUGGUUCGUAAUCAAUUCUCUUGAUGGGCGAGUCUUCGUCUGCGGCAGCAGCAAGGGUAUGGGCGAAGGUGUCGAGGCUGCCUUGAUUGACGUCGCCAUUGCAAAGGGCAACUUGAACCCAGAGCAGGCAAGAAUAUUCUGGGAUGAGAAAAAAGCGGCUGGCCAGUACAUUGCA